AUGAACACCAACCGCCAGAGCGCCGUGAAGCUCAUGCAGACGGUCUCGCAGUCGGCGCACGACUUCACGAAUUCCGUGCAAGUCGUUGUGUUUCCGCCGUUUGUGUACCUCGACGUCGUCCGCGCGGUGAUGGACGCGGGGCACAUCGGUGUCGGGGCUCAGGACGUCUACCACGAGCCGGACGGCGCGUUCACGGGCGAGGUUUCCAUCGCGAUGCUCGAGGACCUGCACGUCUCGCACGUGCUCAUCGGGCACUCGGAACGCCGCCACGUCAUCGGCGAGACGAGCGAGCAGGUCCGCGCGAAGCUCCACGCGGCUCUCAAGGCGGGGCUCACCCCCUAUCUCUGCAUCGGCGAGACGAUCGACGAGCGCGAGUCGGGCGAGACCGACGAGGUCAACGACAUGCAGCUCACCACCGCGCUGGACGGGCUCGAUCCGGAGUCCGCCGACCGGCUCGUCAUCGCGUACGAGCCCGUGUGGGCCAUCGGCACCGGCAAGACGGCCACCCCCGAAGACGCCCAGACCGCCCACGCCUUCAUCCGCGGGCGGGUCGCGGAGCUGCUCGGCGAGUCCCACGCCUCGGCGAUCCGCAUCCUCUACGGCGGAUCCGUCAAGCCCGGGAACGCGGCGGAACUCUUCGCGAUGCCCGAUAUCGACGGCGGCCUCGUGGGCGGGGCGUCGCUCGACGCCGCGUCGUUCCAGGGGAUCAUCGAGGCGGCGAGAAAAACCGACGCGGUGAGUUUUCUGAUGCUCCACCUGCUCGCUGUCAAUCAAGUCGUGCUCGGCCUCACCGUGGUGGGGUUCGUCGCGGCGAGCGUGAUGAUGAUCCUGAUCGUGCUCGUCCAGCGCCCGCAGGGUGGCGGCCUGAGCGACGCGUUCGGCGCGGGCGCCGGCGGCGGCGGGACGGCGUUCGGCGCCAAGACGGGCGACGCGCUCACGACGGGCACCAUCGGCGUCUUCCUGCUCUUUCUCGCCCUCGCGAUCAGCCUGAACUUCAUGAUCCGGCCGGGCGGGACCGACCCGCAGGCCUCGGUGACCGCCCCGGUCGGCGAGCAGCAGACUGCGCCGAGCGAAACGCCCGCGGGCGACCAGCCCGUCACCGCCACGGACUCUGCCGGGAACACCGUCGAUAUCCAGCCGAUCGGCGACAGUGAUGCGUUGAACGAGUUCAUGCAGCAGGAGGCGGACCGCGCCCGUGCUCAGCAGGAAGCGGGCCAGGGCGUCGCCGGCACGCAGACCGGCACGCCGAGCGAGACCCCCGAGGCGUCCACCACGGUGGGCGGGACGCACUACGCCGUCGAGGUGCGCUCCCUCAACGGGAAGUAUUUCAAAUCGAGCAUCCGCCUCGCGGAGGAGUACCAGUCGCUCGAGCCGAUGCUCGAAGCGGAGGUGCGCCGCCGCCUCGUUCGCGGGACGAUCACGCUCAUCGCGAAGGUGACCGAGCAGAGCGAGACGGCCGCGAUGGCGAUCAACGCGCAGGCGCUCGCGCGGUACAUCGAGCAGAUCCGCUCGGUGCCGGCGCUGUCGAACGGUCAGGCGUCGAUCGACGCGGGCUCGCUGCUCAACCUGCCCGGCGUGCUCCAGCCGAAGGCGGACGACGAGUCCCGCCACGAGCGCGCGAACGAGGCGUUCCGCGAGAUCCUCAUCAAGGCCUGCGAGAAGGUCAUGGCGAUGCGCCGCAGCGAGGGCGAGCUGCUCGUCGAGGACCUGCUCAAGCACCACGACCUGAUCGUGAGCCGGCUGGCGCGCAUCGCCGAGCGGGCCCCGACGGUCGUGCAGGACUACGAGACCCGCCUCCGCACGCGGAUCGACGCGCUGCUCAAGGAGGCGAAGGUGCACGUCGAGCCCGUCGAGCUGAUCCGCGAGGUCGCGGUGUACGCCGAGAAGACGGACAUCUCCGAGGAGAUCGCCCGCCUGACCGGCCACAUGGGCCAGUUCAAGCAGCUCAUCACGUCGGAUCACGACGAGCCGGUGGGGCGCACGCUCGAUUUCCUCGCCCAGGAGAUGCUCCGAGAGGCGAACACGAUCGCGAGCAAGUGCUCGGACGCGGACAUCUCCAAGGACAUCGUCGAGGUGAAGGGCGCGAUCGAUCGCAUCAAAGAACAGGCGCUCGUGCACACCUUCGAGGGCCACCCCUAUCUGCUCAAGCGGCUGGCGCGUCACACGGACGACGUCGACCGCGUCCGGUUUGCGCAGCGCAUCUGCCGGGCGCUGCGCGACCGGGGCGUGCCCGUCGCGGACAUCAUCCCCUCCAAGCCCCUGAGCCGUGGAGACGAGCCCGGCUGGGUGUCGCACGGGGACCACAAGUACGUGCUCUACCGCUUCGUCUCGGGCGAGCACUACCGCCACGAUCCCGAGCAGGCGCGGGCCGCGGGGCGGGCGCUCGCGAUCUUCCACACCGUCGCGGCCGAGGAGCCCAUCGACCGCGCCGCGUACCAGCCGACGUACCACGACAACGACAAGCUCGCCGAGCACCUCGACCUGAUCGCCGGUCUGAUCCCGACGGACUCGAUGCGGCGCGUCGUCGGGAAGCUGCGCGAGUCGUACGCGAACGCCUCGCACCUCGCCAACGAGUGCGGGCUCGCUGGCUGGCCCAACCAGAUCAUCCACGGCGACUGGCACCCCGGGAACAUCCUCUACGGCCCCGGCUCGCCGCCGGACCCGCCCACGAUGAUCGAUCUGGACACCUGCCGCGUGAGCCCGCGGGUGAUCGAUCUGGCCAACGGGGGGCUCCAGUUCUCGAUCACGCGAAAAAACGACGACCCCGGGACCUGGCCCGCGGAGCUGGACAUGGGGCUCCUGAAGGCCUUCUGCGCGGGCUACGACGAGGUUUCCGGGGCGAUGAUCUCGAAAAGCGAGCUCCGGGCGUUCCCCUGGCUUAUGGUGGAGGCGCUGAUCGUGGAAUCCGUGGUCCCGAUCGCCGCCAGCGGGCGGUUCGCCGGUAUCGAAGGGGAGACCUUCCUGCAGAUGAUCUGCCGGAAGGUGACGAGGAUGAACCGGAUCGCACGAACCGCACUGGCCGCGGCCCUGAGCCUGACGGUCGCUACGCCGGCGCUCGCCGGCCGCGCCGCGCAGCUCGAGCAGCUGGUGCGGGACCUCGGCUCGGACUCGUUCCAGACGCGUCAGACGGCCCAGGCGGUGCUGACCGACCCCGACUUCCUGGACUCGGUCGAGGAGGCGGAGCUCAUCCGCCUGAUGAACCGCGAGGAUCUCGUCCCGGAGGCUCGCCUCCGCCUGCGUCGCGUGUACGCGCGGUGGUUCGAGGGCAUCGAGCGCGCGGCGAUGGGUAUCCAGUUCGAGGUCACCGACCCCGGCGAGCCCUCGAUGAUCCGGCAGGUGAUCAACAACUUCCCCUGCCAGCGGCUCGGGCUCGUGAAGUCGUACGACGUGUUCAUCGAGAUCGACGGUGUCCCGUACCAGGAGAUGCGAACGGGCUUCCGCGCCGCGAACCAGGCGCAGGCCUUCACGCAGCUCGCGAUCAUCUCCCGCGCCGCGGGUGAGACGCUGCCUGUCACCAUCCGGCGCGUGCCCACGGACGCGCUCGAGGAGCUCUUCGACAAAAUCGCCAACGAGGGCAUGACGCACAACGCCCUGUGCAUGGCGAUCGUCAACCACCCGAAGGCCGAGACCGUCGAAGUCGAGGUCCCCCUCGGACACUACGCGAACCUGGGCCAGCAGCGCGGCCUCCCGCCGGCGACGCUCGACGCGGCCAUGACCUACCGCCUGCAGCGCGAGGGGUACGAGACUCGCCGGCCGAAGGUGAUCUUCGACGACGGGCUCUCGGAAGAGGAGUGGCGACAGCUCGACCGCCAGCCCAACCGGCGCUCGCACCCGGACGUGAUCAGCGCGUCCGCGGGGAUCGACCCGGGGGUCGUCGCGGUGGACCAGAAGCUCCGGAUGCGCCAGGUGCAGGACCUCCGCCGGCCGGCGGCGCCCGUCGACGCCGAUGAGACCGAGCCGGGCAUCGACGCCCCGAUCCCGAUCGCCGACGCCGAGAAUCUCACGGCCGAGGAGAAGCGGAUCGUCGCGCUGCAGGAGACCUCGAAGAAUCAGGUCGCGCUCAUCGAGCAGCGGAUCGCGCAGCAGGAGCGUGUCCUGGGCGACCGCACGCGGACCGACCGCGAGCGGUUCUUCGCCGAGAGCCGCAUCAAGGACCUGCUGAAGCAGCGCGAGGCGAUCGUCGACCAGUACAAGAAAGCGCGCCGGGCGCUGCUCGAUGCCGGGGGCGCCGAAGACGCCGGCGAGAACGAGGACAACGACUGA